CAGUGCUGCUGGUGAGUGGGAGGUGAGCAAUAACAAUAACAAAAUGGGGAAGAUUGUAUUCUUUGAGGAUAAGAAUUUCCAAGGUCGUAGUUAUGAAUGCAGCAGUGACUGCCCAGACCUGCACUCCUACUUCAGCCGCUGUAACUCCAUCAGGGUGGAGAGCGGCUGCUGGGUUCUGUACGAGCGCCCCAACUACGCAGGCUACCAGUACAUCCUGACCCCUGGGGAGUACCCUGACCACCAGCAGUGGAUGGGCUUCAACGACAGCAUCAGAUCCUGUCGCUCUAUCAAAAACGUCUAUGGAAAUUCCUAUAAGAUCAGAUGCUAUGACAGGCCAGAUUUCGCUGGCCAUAUGGCAGAGUGGAGUGAGGACUGCCCAUCGGUCCACGAAGCGUUCAAGUUCCGGGAGUUCCACUCUGCUGUGGUGAUGGACGGUGCCUGGGCCUUCUACGAACUGCCGAACUACAGGGGGCGCCAGUACUUCCUGGAGCGCAAAGAGUACCGUAACUUCACGGACUGGGGCGCCACCUCCCCUGUCGUGGGCUCCUUCCGCAGGAUCACAGAGUUCUAGAACCUUACAGCCUCUAGAGUUCUAGAGCCCUACGACGACCCCUUUCCCAGAAACCUCUCUGCAGUGCCUUAUGACACCCACCUCUGUGUGAGUGUUGCAGUCUAACAAAUAAAACCCUGUCUGAUCCGCACACACCCCGUUGUCUUCAUCAAUUUGACAUGGGAAUCACCGGGCAUACGUGUUUUCAAGUACUGUAUGUCAACACCAGUAGAUCUACUCACACUGUUUUCUUUAGUAAUCUUUGCCAGCAU